UCGUCGAGGAAGCAGGCUUAAAUCGCAGCUCCGCGACGAGGCCGAUGAUCGCUACUGCUGUUGCCUCCUCCCCCGCUUCCAGAAGCUUCGCGACUCCGCCAUGCCUCCCGCCUUCCUCGCUGCGCUCGUCCUCGCCGCCGCGGCCGCCGCGUCUCCGGCCGCCGCGCUGUACUCUGCCGGCUCCCCCGUCCUCCAGCUCAACCCCAACAGCUUCAAAUCCAAGGUGCUGAACGCCAACGGCGUGGUGCUGGUGGAGUUCUUCGCGCCGUGGUGCGGGCAUUGCAAGCAGCUGGCGCCCGCCUGGGAGAAGGCCGCCGGCGUGCUCAAGGGUGUUGCUACGGUCGCAGCGCUCGAUGCCGACGCGCACCAGGCUCUCGCGCAGGAAUAUGGAAUCAGAGGAUUUCCAACUAUAAAGGUGUUUGCCCCUGGUAAACCUCCAGUCGAUUAUCAAGGAGCAAGAGAUAUAAAGCCAAUUGUAGAAUUUGCUCUGUCGCAGGUCAAGGCCCUUCUUAGAGAUAGGUUGAAUGGUAAGGCAUCAGCAGGGUCAAGUGGCAAGACAUCUGGUGGUUCAAGUGAGAAAAGUGAACCAAGUGUAUCAAUAGAAUUAAAUUCACAGAACUUUGAUGAACUCGUCAUAAAAAAUAAGGACCUUUGGAUUGUGGAAUUCUUUGCACCAUGGUGUGGGCACUGCAAGAAAUUGGCACCUGAAUGGAAAAAGGCCGCAAAGAACUUGAAGGGCCAAGUGAAGCUAGGCCAUGUUGAUUGUGAUGCUGAAAAGUCCUUGAUGAGUAAGUACAAGGUAGAAGGCUUUCCAACUAUUUUGGUAUUUGGUGCUGAUAAGGAGAGCCCAUUUCCCUACCAAGGGGCUAGAGUUGCAUCUGCCAUCGAGUCCUUUGCAUUGGAGCAGUUGGAAGCCAACUCUGGUCCAGCGGAAGUUUCUGAGUUGACUGGCCCAGAUGUCAUGGAAGAGAAGUGUGCUUCUGCUGCCAUUUGCUUUGUAUCAUUCCUUCCUGACAUCCUUGAUUCAAAGGCAGAAGGAAGAAACAAGUACCUUGAGCUCCUAUUAUCCAUCGCCGAAAACUUUAAAAAGAGUCCAUACAGUUUUGUCUGGACAGCUGCUGGCAAGCAAGCUGAGCUCGAGAAGCAGGUUGGAGUGGGUGGCUAUGGCUAUCCAGCCAUGGUUGCUCUCAAUGUGAAGAAAGGCGCAUAUGCUCCACUUCGCAGUGCUUUCCAGCGCGAUGAGAUCACUGAGUUUGUGAAGGAAGCAGGGCGCGGCGGCAAGGGAAAUCUUCCUCUGAAUGGUGCCCCGACAGUAGUUCAAUCUGAGCCAUGGGACGGCAAAGAUGGAGAGAUCAUCGAAGAGGAUGAAUUCUCCCUCGAUGAGCUCAUGGGCGAUAAUUCCCCAGUAAAUGAUGAGUUGUGAUUCUGAUUAUUAUGGAACUGUUACCGGUGCCGAUUGGCCAGGCUGUAAAUCUGAGGAACACUAAUGCUUUACUUGUUUCUGGUGAACUGUACAAUUUCAGUGGGAUAGUUUUCGGUUUUUGGAUGCUAGAAUCGUUUUGAAUUAAAGACAACUGAUGUGAUAGGCGUGCCUCCUUUUUUUUCUUGUAACCGAAAUGAAGCCAAUUUCGAUAUAAUA